AUGUCAAAACGAAAAAUAGACUCAACAGACUCUCCUAAACUAGCUUCAAUCUUCACGAAGAAAGUGAAAAAGCUAACUCCAGAAGACGACGGAAGUCAAAAAAUUUGGAAAUUCAUCUGUUGGAAUGUUGCUGGCUUACGAGCAUGUGUUAAAAAGAAUGAUUUUAAGGAAAUUCUCAAUGAGGAACCGGAUAUUGUUUUCCUAGGAGAAACAAAAUGCAAGGAGUGGCCACCGGAGAUUGAGGAAAACUUUAAGGACUACGCGAAGACACUAGUUAUCUCCACAGAAAAAAACGGCGGAUAUGCAGGAGUAGGAAUGUUCAGCAAAACUGCCCCAUUGAAAAUUCAUAAAGGAAUAGGCGACCCUGAAUUCGAUUCAGCUGGACGUCUCAUCAUUGCCGAAUUUUCCAAAUUUUUCUUCAUUGGCUCCUACGUUCCAAAUUCCGGAGCAAAACUUGUCAAUCUUGAGAAACGCGGAAGAUGGGAGAAACUUUUGACAGAGAAAAUGAAAGAAAUGAACGAAAAGAAGCCGGUGAUCUACGGAGGAGAUUUGAACGUCGCUCAUAACGAAAUUGAUCUCAAAAAUCCUGAAAGUAAUCGAAACAAGACAGCAGGAUUCACAGAUCAAGAGAGAGGAUGGUUCACGGAUAUGUUGAAUAUGGGAUUCACUGAUACAUUUCGUCAGAUGCAUCCAGAAUCCAAGAAAUACUCUUUCUGGAGUUAUUUAGCCAACUCAAGAGAAAAAGAUGUUGGAUGGAGAUUGGACUACUACGUCGUCAGCAACCGGAUAAUGAAAAAUGUGAAACGGAGCGACAUUAUGACCGACGUGAAGGGAAGUGACCAUGCUCCGGUAGUCAUGCAAGUCGACUUCGAAUAA